AUGACAAACACAGAGCUACCCAUGAAAGAGCUGCAGCACGUUCCAUGACCUGUCCGCAGCAAUGUACCAGCGCGCGGAGAUAUGUUUGCCGCGGAAGAAAAAGGUGCAUGGCACUUUUCACUCCAAUACUUUCCGAAUAUUUGACGAGAACAUACCGGUGAGGCUCGAGCCACACAUGGUGUACUGGGAGCACAAGUAUGACACGAGAAGCCGCGCGGAGAGCGAGCUGCUCAAGACGCACAACGUUCCGCAGCCGUACAACGCCAAGUUCAUCAGCACCAACGUCAGGUUCCUGAACGCACCGGUGGUUCACAUGGAAACACACAAAACAAAGGAAGAACAGUGUAAAUGGUGGGCUGCAGCUCCUGCUUGCCGUGAGAGAUCAAAAGCCUCAUACUGUGCCAACACCACCCAGAGAGCAGACUACCAGCCCCACACCACUGGCCUUGGCCUGGCCAAUCAAAUCAAUGGCCAGAGAGGCAGACCUCACGCCACGGCCAUUAUCCCAACGCUGCAUCCAAUCAACCAGCCCAAAAGCCUGUUGGAGCACAUGUCCUUCACACACCAGUACGACUCCAGGAAGCUGCAUAACCAGCCCUACCAAGGAGGGAAACACGGGACGUUUGUCUGGACUGAAAUGCAACAGCCACUGUCAGGAGGCCAGAAGUCCUCAGGUGGUGCACCUGCCAUGCCAACCACCUCCACCUCCUCCCUGGAUCCAAAUCCCAACACACUGAUCCACCAGAACUUACAGAAAAGGAGCCCAUUGCCUUGCAUAGCAAACCCCUACAUCGCCUCCUCAUCCACACCACCCAAUUCCUGGUCUCAUCCACCAGCUGGAGGCUGGGGUCGCCGUGGGACUGGGAGGGGGGAGAGGGGAAGGGUCCCUGGGGACAGAAGGGCGGGCUCCCUCAGCCCUGGAUCCAGAUCAGGCUCGGGAGCGGCACAAGGAUGGGGACAGGGUGGGAAGGGGGCACUGGCGACUGGACGCGGGCCCCAAAAUGUGGAGUGUUAGUGGGGCUUAGGAGUAGGCUCAGUGUAUAAGAGGGGACAGACUGCGGAGAUGCUGUGCUAUUUAGUCUUUGUGGAAGAAGCUUCAAAACACUGAAUUGUUUUUGUUUUUUUGUGUGCAAUAAAUAAACUCUGGUUAAGCUGCA